AUGAAUUCCCGCGAGCAUUCCGAUAUGCCUCCGACCACUUCUUACCCGUCUCCCAACGCGGCGCAGAUGGGUCAAGGUGCCAUGCAGUACUACACGAACCGCCAGUUGACCGCCGACGAACUUCUCUCCGCUGAACUCUCGCGCGAAACCUCCACCCACGGUCUGCCCGAUGCUUCCAACAAUGGCGUUCACCAUGGUCAAUCGAUGGUUUUGGGCGCGUCAAACCCCGGUGGCGGUGACAUGGGUCGUCCUCAGUCUCCCGACCAGCAUCAACAACAACACAUGUUGCAGUUCACCCCGAGCCAACAAGUCGGCGUCGAUCCGAAUCAUGACCUGAGCUAUGGUGAUCAAAGCGCAAGAAGGAAAAGGUCUAAGAUUUCACGCGCUUGCGAUGAGUGCCGACGCAAGAAGGUCCGCUGCGACGCGAGCUCUGAGUCGGGUGUCGAAACAUGUUCGAACUGUCGUCGACUGGGUGUCGUCUGUCAGUUCAGCCGCGUCCCUAUGAAGCGAGGUCCCAGCAAAGGGUACAUCAAAGAACUUGCAGAACGUCUGCAUACCCUCGAAAGUCAAAUGCAGCCUGCCAUGGUGCACCCCGACAUGCCAUACCAGGCUAUGAACGAGGUGUCCUCUCCACGCGCUUACCAGGAGUUCUCGCCACCUAUGGACGGUGGAUCAAUGGGCCGUAAGAGAACAUAUUCGGUGUUUGAGGGACUUCCUAGUUCCUCCUUUACACAACCACAAUUCGGUGCUCGUCCACAAAAUGCGUUUGGAGACACUACGACUGAUCCGGCCAUUGUGAGCAGCUCGGCACCAAAACCUGGGAACCUCUUCUGGUCGACGGGCAAUGAUAACGAGCCACCCGCUGGGAUUGCCAUGUCCGACGUCCCCAAGCAAGAAAUGGAGGAAGACAUGACGCCGUUGAAUGUGGAUGAGGGCGCCCUGAACGCUUAUUACUCCAAGAUUCACCCAUGGUUCCCCAUUCUGCCGCACUCUAGCGAGCGCCUCCACGCGCUCCUCCACUUGUGCAGUCGCGAAGUACAAGAGAUCUUCUUAUACAGCCUUUACACUGUCACGCGCACAAACAUCGAGCGUCUGAUUGGCAACUUCGAGCGAGUGACCUCGUUCGAUAACGCCCAGGACCUUCUCUUGUAUUACACCCGACAACCAGCUAUUAUUCGCCCGACUGGAGUGAACCUCAUCUGGCUUCAGACGAUACUGCUGAUGAUUCUAGACUGCGACUCGAGGGGCCCGGACAAUUUUGUUCUCAAGGAUGGCGUCCCUAAGCAUUCCUUGAUCCAGUCAGCGAGCAAGCUUGGGUCCGACUUGGCCAAGAACCUCGGUCAGUUGAAGUCUAAAAGGUCGUCAGAUGCGGACGUUGAUUCGGACGCGAACCUCGUGCGGCGUAGUUGGGUUUCGCUCGCCAUCAUGUCUCGCUGGUAUGCUAUCAGUGUCGCUGAUCCAAGUGCGCUCGGAAUGUAUGAGAUAGGAGGUCGUGAGGAUGAACGAGUCCUUGGCUCCAUCGCAACCCGAAUUGGCUCAUACUCUACAUUCCUUGUGGAGAUGGUCACUCUGGCCUCUCUUGAGCACAAUGUAUGUCAGACUAAUAGUGGUCUGGGUGGCAUGGUUGCCGCAAACAUGAUCUCCUCUCUCGAACGGUUAGGAGAGAUCGAGGAUUUUCGCCGACCCAACGAGAUUCCGGAGGAGGCUGCACCUCAGGCUUUCCUCGAAGGCCUCCAGAAUCAACUCUACUGGACCCUGCGCCUACUGAUUAAACGACACAUCUUUGUGUAUAGCCCUUAUGAGAUCAUCUAUAGUGCGCAGGAGGUCAUCAAUGAGAUGCACAAAGGAAUCUCUCAGUCUCGACCUGUCACGCCCUUCGACCUUCACAGUCUCGCAUUGGCCUCUAUGACACUUCUCGAGGCUACCGUCCUCCCGGAACACGCCAACGAAUGCUGGGAUUCCCUGAAGAAGGCCGAGGAGAUCCUCGACUAUCGCGCAAAGCGAAGCACAGAAGGAGGAGAGUUUGGCGACAUAUUCGCCACUCCCGGAUGGGAUGCUAAGAUCCGCCUGUUCUUAGACUGGAGGCGCACGAAAUCGCAGGAAAGUCAACUGCAGGAUCCCAGCCUCGGGAAGAACGGUUCUGGCCCUCCGCCAGUCAUGGGUCCUAACGAACAGCGUUCUCUUCAGCAUCUUGCUGAUCUGGCUGUUGGUGCUGAAGGAACUGUUUCCGGGGGCGCGGGUUCUCCGCCUCCAGCUAUCUCUUCGACGGACAACAACAUGCCCACGACCUCGCCAAAUCUCGGUGCAGUCUCGCAGCCGCAAGGGCGGGUGGUCGUUGAUUUCACCCUUCUCACCAAGGAAGGUUAUUUGAACGUGUUUUCGGGUCUGAUCUAUCGUCGAUCUCGUGGGAAUUAA